AUGAGGUUCAUCGUCACUUGCUUCGUCAUAGCUCUCAGCGUCCUCAUCGCGUAUUACGGCCUCGAAUACGACCACGGCUUCCUCCGUUUCGCGCAACGAUCUCCGAAAAAUCUCACCGGCGUCAAGGUUCCCGAGAAAUCUCCCUUCGACGACGACGAAGACGAUCUCAUGUCCUUGUACAUGGAAGAUUCCGAUCAAUCUUACUCUCUCCACUACGAUUUCUACCAAGACUCUUGCCCUACCGCCGAGCGAAUCAUCACCAAACGCAUCAGAGAGUUCUACGCCGCUAAACCUAGCGUAGCUCCGUCGCUAAUCCGCCUCCUCUUUCACGAUUGCUUCAUCGAGGGAUGUGAUGCAUCGGUGUUACUAGACGCAGAUGAAUCUUUUGCUUCUGAGAAAGAAGCGCCGCCGAAUCAGUCUUUGAAAGGUUUUGAUGUGAUUGAAUCAAUCAAGUCUGAGCUUGAGAGUGUAUGUCCUGGUGUUGUUUCCUGUGCAGACGUUCUUGUUUUGGCUGCUAGAGAAGCCGUUCUUAUGGCUGGUGGUCCGUUUUAUCCGCUGGAGACUGGAAGGAAGGACAGUGUAGUUGCCUUCAAAGAAAUGGCAGAACGGGAGCUUCCUUCACCUCAAGCUACUAUCUCGGUGAUUCUUGCAAGGUUUGGUACUAGAGGAUUCAACGAGAGAGAAACCGUCAGUUUAUUUGGAGCACACAGCAUAGGCACUACGCAUUGCACAUUCUUUGAGGACAGACUAUACAACUUCUCAGGAACCGGGAAGCCUGACCCUGAACUCGAUACAGGGUUGCAACAAGAGCUCAAAACCAAGUGCCCCUUCUCUGCCUCGGCGCCAUCCCCUGGCACUGGUGUAGGACCGUCCAUGCCUGCAUCAGAUUACGGUACUGUGAGCUCAGCAGGAGGGAACGAUGGAGUGAUAGACAUGAGCUACAACAACGAAGGAGGUGAGGAGAAUUUCGGAACACGCUACUACAGGAGACUGAUGCAGAAGAAAGGGUUGAUGUAUGCUGAUCAGCAACUAACCGGAAGAGAAGAGACUGAGAUGUGGGUGAGAGCAUACGCUUCUGAUACACAGUUGUUCCGACGUGACUUUGCCACGUCCAUGAUGAAACUAUCGAAUUAUCAUGUCUUGACUGGUCCUCUAGGUCAAGUCAGAACCACCUGCUCAAAGGUCCUCCCAAAGAACUGA